UGACAACCUAAAUACAAGUAAGGUAACCUAAUAUCGUAGGUGUUCUCUCACCGAACUUCCAAUGAGAGUCGUGUUCGAAGGCAAGCAAUAUCACUGGAAUUUGAGAGGAAAUAGUUCAAUCUUCGCUUGUCGUAAUUCGUAUGGAGGAGAUGCCGCUUGCGGCCUAUUGGUGUUAACCUUUCUAUACCAAGGGGCAUCAUCUCAGCGCUCCAUGGCCUCACUACUAAAGCGAUUCAGCGAUAUAGCACAAUCGCCAAAAGGGUGCCGCUACAACCCAGAGAGAUCUGGCUCCGGUAUUGUCUCUGCUAUUAUGGAACCAACCGCUGCACGUUUACGCAUGGUCGGGCCUCUCAUCCACACCAACGCGCGUGAGAUCCUAGAGGUUACACUACCGAACCUCAGUUGGAGCAAUAGGAGGCCAUUCCAAGCAGCCAUACUGUCAUGUGGUCUAUGUCGCAGGUGGAUCGGUAGUGGCACCGUCUAUAUGUUCAAAGGUGAGAUGGGAUUUUGUAAACAAGAGUGUUUCUCCGACUAUAUCGUGGAGCAAUUGGAAAAAGAGACAUAGAGGGUGAGACGGUGUGGAAGAGAAAAGGUGCCAACAAUAGAGGACAAGGAGGGCGACCAGAAUUGCAUUUUCUUCACCUGCGCUGGUAGCCUAUGAUGCACCUUUAUGAUGCACCUACAUCUAUGUCUGAGAGAUGUAUGGGCUUAGAAGGACUGGAACCUAUUUUUCACAACUGUAUAACUUUGUGCUUUUGUAAGUAAUAGAACACCUGAUGGUUAGUAAAUAGCAAUACACUUUUGA